AUGCUCUUCUCCUUCGCCGCUUUCUUUCCUCUCAUCCUCUUGGUCAACGCCCACCCCUCUGGCAAAAAGGUGUCGCACAACGGUCCAGCCACUGGUCCCCACACCGGUCCCAAUACGCCGCCACGCACACUCCCACUCCAGCGCUUGCCCUCUCGCGAGUCCUCACCUUCUCUGUCCGAGAAACAGGCAUGGCUCUUGGACCAAGCGGCUGUUCUACAGCACAAGUAUGCUCCCGAGCUCGACGAAGAAUGGAAGAAAUAUAUCGGCAUGAAUGAGAAGAGGGAUGUUGGUACUGCUCAACUCACGGAUGUUGACUACGAUGGCUGGUAUCUAGGAGCUGUUCACAUCGGCACACCUCCUCAAGAGCUGCUCCUCGUGCUCGACACUGGCUCGGCUGAUCUCUGGGCGGCAGGUGCGGCUUGUGGUUCAUGUGGUAACGGAGAGAGGUUCGACCCUACCGCUUCGUCUACAUACCAACAGACCGACGGCACCUUCGCUAUUACCUACGGCUCAGGUAGUGUUUCCGGCAACCUUGGCACCGACGUCAUAGAGCUCGCUGGUUUCUCCCUACCCAAUAUCUCCUUCUCUAUCGCGAACGAAGCGAGCAACGGACUCAUCAGCGCCCCCGUCUCCGGCAUCAUGGGCCUUGCCUUCCAGAACGUCUCCACCUCCAAAGAAGCGACUUGGUGGGAGACCCUUGCGACCUCCGGCCGAUGGGAUUCUCCCGAGUUUGGCGUCUACAUGGCGAGAUUCAGAGGGAAUACGAACGCUUCUAGAGUCGAGACAGACGGUGGAUCCAUUACCUUCGGUGGCGUCGAUCGUACCAAGUUUGUAGGUGAACUCAACUACGUCUCCAUCGACUCUUCAGCCCGAGACUACUGGCGCAUCCCUGUGGAAGACUUGACCGUCAACGGCAACUUCAUCAACAUCGUGAGUCGCUAUUCCCCAAAACACCAACAUUUGGCUAAUCACCGGCAGUCUCAACCACAAGCUGCUAUCGACACCGGUACCACCCUCAUCGGCGCUCCUCCCUCCGCCGUCCAAGCCAUCUUUGCUCAAAUCCCAGGAUCUCAGCCUCUCAACGCCAGUAUCGCCGGAAAUGGAUAUUGGCAGUACCCUUGCAACGCUACGGUCUCGGUCGUCUUUCAGUUCGGCGGGGAAAAGUACGAGAUGAGCAAUCAAGACAUGAACCUUGGAUCGUAUACAAGCGACAGUAGCAUGUGUACGGGAGCUUUCUUUGAACAACAGAUGUCUUCUUCGUCUCCUAUCCAGUGGAUCGUCGGCGCUUCCUUCCUCAAGAAUGUGUAUACCUCUUUCCGGAACGACCCUACAGCUAUCGGCUUUGCUCCCCUCCUCAAUGCUCAGUAA